CAAGACAAUUUGAGGGCCAGAUCCAGUCCGCCGACUGUCGGCCUUUUCACGAUUGGCUUAAAAAAAGGGCUUAUUUAAAUUUAUACCAAUACGAUGGUGGGAACAGCUUACCAGUUUGUAUGUUUUUAUACUUCAUUUUUACUUGAUCCGCUGACUGGACUGCUUGGGAGCCAUCGGAAUGAUCGGAGUGCAUAUUUUUUUUAGAAGAAAGGGUUAUGUGGUAGGAACGUUAAGACUGCUUAACUGGGAUAUUAAUAGAUUGGCUCAAAUAUUAAGGAUCAUGCUUUUGACAUGUAACUAACGCAUUUACGCGGUCAGCGAUCCGCUGCCAGGCUUUGGUUCUCCGGGUUGCAGAGGCUUUAGCGUUCCCUUUUCUUGUGAUAAUGUCCUUCUCCUCGUCAUAGCUCUCCAGUAGAACCUGGAUUUCAAUUUCAUUGAAAUAAGCGGCCCGUUUCGCCAUUGUGUUAACCAACCCCGUGUUGAUUGAACUAAUGCAUAACCCGUGCGGUGGAACCGACAGCUCUGGUUUAGUUGGCAGAGGGUCAAUCAACCUAGAGUUCAGCGUUAACUCUGUGUUUGUUAAAGCUCCGUUCGUGGAAUACCCCACAGUUGGCACGGAUGGCAAGGUUGCUACAAGUUCGAGGUGCUGGUGGUCGCGUGGCACCUUUAGGCCUACUGGUGGUCGCGUGGUGCUUCUUCACGUGACGGUCUGAACAUUUUCAAGUCUAGGAAAAAUAUUAAUGGUCGUUUGACGAUGAAUUUUGGAGCACAACCACAUAGAGCCCACCAACGUUAAAUGGUUUGUGUUUAUUUUAAUUUGUGUAAUUGUUUACCUCAUUGCUAAUUAGGUGUUAUCUAAUUUUGCAAUUACCGUAGUUUCGAUAGUCAGCUUAAAUUUAGUUAAGCUAAGCCAAGUUAGCUUCAUUAUUUUGACCAUUCCAAUUUAGUUCACACGAUUUGUUGCUUGUAUUGUAGAUUUUUUUUUAUAUUAUAGACAGUUCAUAUUAUUGUUGUUACAUUUUUGACAUUCCUUAUUUUACAUAUUUUCAUUUGCAGUGUUUCAUAUCGUCACAUAGGGGGCAGUCAAGGAGCACUGACGAUGGCACAUCCCCCCAGCUCUGUUGUACCGGGGACUCGACUGCGUAAAUCACCCAGCACCACCAAGAACAAGAGUCACAACGAAUCUUCACAUGUGGAAGAGAAUCAAUUAUGGGUCCAGUGUGUAACACCACGCUGUUUGAAAUGGAGGCUAAUUCCUCAGUUGAGCGAUGUUGGUGUGAGGCUGAGCACAGAGCAGUCCUGGUUCUGCAGCAUGAACCCCGAUCCGGUGUACAGCUCAUGUGCGGCGCCCCAGCAGCUCCUACCAAGUGUCUCCCUGCUCAAAAAGCAUGGCUUGGAUUAUGUUUACUCACAGAUCCCUGUAGGCAGUCUUGUGUCUGCAAAGAUCAGGGGAUGGCCGUGGUGGCCAGCUGUCUUGAGCCCGGACCCAGACAACGGGAUGCACUUGAAACAGGAUGGAGAUGGAGAUGUGAUCAGCUACCAUGUUGAGUUCCUGGGCAACCCCCACAGCAGAUGUUGGGCCAUGGCCAAGUGUGUAGGCAGCUACCGAUCCAUUGCUGCGAAGGAUUUGAGAGCACUUACGAAAACUGACAGGAAUUCAUGUAAUAUUGCCAUACAGGAGGCUGGACAAAUCAAAAACAUGUCAUGUGAGGAAAGACUCCUCUUAUGUCACUUCCAACCAAAUUACUUAUUGAUUAAAGCCGAGAAGCUGAUGUGGGACAUUGAGGACCUGAUAAAACAAUUUGACUCAAACGGCGGCUCCAGACAGAAACAAAAACACAGCAAGGACCAGAGCUCCUGGUUGUGUCAGGGCGGGAUUGAGGAGGAUGGCGAUGCCUUGAUCGUCGAGGGCUUCAGGUUUGAGAGUGCAGCCAGCACGGAGGAGCUGAGGAGCCUCGGUUCACAGCCUGGCCCAAGCAACUUGUAGCGUGACAGAUGACUCCGGGGCAGAUCGAAUGAGGAGAUCCAUAGGUUAUGAUUGGGAGGCUCAAACCAAAGGGCAGCUGUGUUGAGCAAUGUCAGUUGGCUCUAUGGUAAGCUAUAUUUGCGUUUAAUUACUUUUUUUUGUUUUAUUCUUUGUUGUUUAUUACUGUUUGUUCGCCAAAGGCUAAACAGAGACAUGAUCCACUUUGUUAAUUUGAUGAAUACGGUAUUUGAAUAUUUUUUUAUUUUUGUUCCUUUGCUAUUGUGUAUAUUUGCAUUGGUAUUUAAAUACCUGAAAAUGUCUUGAUAGACUUCUGGCUGUAAAUGUAAUUCGUUUAUAAAUAUGUUUAUAAAUCUCAUUGUUAAUAAAAGUAGUUAUGUGUUUACACAGGUGCCCAAAUUUUCCAUGCUGUUCAAGAUGUACCACAUCUUUAUGGGUUUUGUGCGAACUGUGCAAAAAUCGACCGACAAUGAGUAACGCUGGAACAUGCACUUAAACUUCAAAUAUAACCCAUUCUCGCUAAAUCUCCCUUUUGAUCAAGCUCUUUUGUCCACCAAACGUUGCAGUGAGACUGCAGAUUUGGUACGCUAGGAUUUAAGUAUUUAAGUAAAAAAAAAACACUAUGAACAAGAGGCUGCCAGAAUCUUAAGAGGAAUCAUAUAGAGGGUAUUUUGUCAUCAUGUUUUACAACCGGGGGAAUGUCAACAGAUCAUACUUGGUACAAUAUCCUUCUGCAUAAUAUGGUACAGUUUGUUCCAUUCUGUUCUGUGUCAUCCCUCACACAAUGGAAUCUAUUGGAUUGUCAAGGGGUCAGGGAACCACCAUCAUACUGUGUCUGUGCUCAUGCAAGGCAUGGCGACGGGACCAAAGACACCUCUCCAGCUCUCUGUUUGAUUACCAGGAGUGGUUGGCGUGGCGACGCGGCCUCCCGCUUGUUUCUUGUUAGUCUCGCCUCUGUUCUCCGUAAUCUUCUCCAAAAACUCUUGAUUGCAAAAAAAACAAGCUUUCACAGCUUGUCCUGCCUCCUCUUUUCCGUGCUCUCUGUAUUUACCACGUCGGGCUCGAAAUAAAAACAACAUGUACCUGCGCAGCACGCGGCCACCCACCCAGCGAACCCCAAUUAAUACGCCUAAUUUCCUAACCCAACUUUCCACUUGCCAUUUUCCCAUCUCAGGGGAACUUUUCUGCUCGGGAUAAGUUUUAGCCUCAAGGGUGAUGGUGCUGCUCCCAGGCCAGGCUAAACUGGGACACACAUACCUCCUGAUGGUUGAACGCUGACUGGGAAGCGCUACAUCCAUGCUUGACAUGGCUUGGACCCGGAGGUCCCUUAAAGUCAUUCUCCACAGCGACCCGACCAGCACAUCCUCUCUGUGGACGUCCCAGUUUUUAAUGGAAUUUUAAAUGUGGGGGAAAUUGGGAGACAGACAGACGCUGAGGGCCUGCCAAAGCAGAAGGAAUCAAAGCGGUUGUUUGGUCGUUAAGUGAACAAGCAAGACCUACUGAUAUAUUAACAAAUGUCAGAGCAUCAAUACUGCCAAUUAUAGUGUUGGCUGAAUGAUCCAAGCCAGAGGUUUACUGAGCAUCAACAUACUAAAUGAACAUGCAUAAUAUAUGCAAAUGAGGUCAUUAUUAUGCAUGUGCCAGUUGAGUGCACAAAUGAAGUGCUUGCUUGCCGUACCCGGGGAUGGGUUAGCAAGCGUGAGUGCUAUGACAACAUAUUAGAGAAAUAAUGGUCACUUGAAAAUCUAAUUAGUUUUACAUGGGUAUCAAUUUGGCGGCACAAUGUAGUUUUUACAUUAUGAAAAGUCGGUUUCAAUUAUCGUAUUUAUUAUCUAUUUAGAAUGUUAAUCUCAAGGUGCAAAUUCUGUGGAGAGACUUUGUUUUUUAUAACAUUUUCGCACACAUUUUGACAAUCUUGAGUCAUGCGUGUCUGCACCUUUAUACUUGAGUCUGGUAAUCAGAGAGAUUACAGAGAUUUCGGGAGUGCUGCGAGUUUGUGAUACACUGUACUGGUGAUGACACAAGUUAUUCAUUGACUCUGCUGAUUGUCAUGUUUUUGUCUGCAAAAGCGCUGCAUGAAUUAUUAAUGCAUUGCAGCCCACGUAAUUGGAUGUUGAUGACAAAAGACUGGACCCAGAAAACUGGAGGGCUGGCUGUUUCUUUGGAGGCAAUUAAUCAGUUGCCUGUUCUACAAUCACUUCUGACAGUUUGGCAACUUUGAACCUAUCCAAACUGAAAUAACUCAAGUACUCCUUCACAUGAUCUCAACGUACAAGCAGUUUCCUGGCAUACAUUUCUGGAGAGGCUUUUUUGGUGGUGUAUUAGUGAUUUGUGCUUGUUAUAUUCCAGUCUGAGCCAUCAUACCCUGUCUGUCUGGAUUUUAGGGCUGGGCUGGGUAAUUUACAUUUUUUAAAUGUUAUUGUUUUCCUGUCCCAUUGUAAUAUUGUCAGAAACAUUGUUACACCCCAUUUUAUCUUCUAUUCUGA